UGCUGCUAAUGUGCAUCCAGAAGGGUUAACAGGAAGCAAAAAGAGGACUGUUGUUUGCCAUUCGGGGGAAAAUCAACAGCUGACGUCUCACUGGAUUGGCUUCUGUUUGCAGUUGAGCAACAAUCAAAGCAGAGUUUGUGGUUUUCAAGUGAGAGAGGAAUGGAGGUGAAGAAAGAUGAAGAUGGCAAGAAGGAGAAGAAGGAAGAGGAGGUGGUACACCUCAGGAGGGAGAUCACCCUGCUGCCUGCCGUGUCCUUCAUCAUCGGUACAGUGGUGGGCAGUGGGAUCUUCAUCGCACCCAAAGGAGUUCUGAUGAACAGUGGCAGUGUGGGGCUGUCCCUGCUGGUGUGGGCACUCUGUGGGGUUCUCUCCAUGUUUGGGGCCUUGUGCUAUGCUGAACUGGGAACCAGUUUUACAAAGUCUGGGGGUCACUACACUUAUCUACUGGAAACACUGGGGCCACUGCCUGCCUUUUUAAGACUCUGGGUUGAGUUCUUAUUUAUCAGACCUUCCGUGUCCUCCUAUGUGUCCCUGGCUUUUGGCCGCUAUGUGGUGGAACCAUUCUUUGAACCUUGUGCUGCUCCGAUAGCACUUGUCAAGCUUGUUAGCAUCCUUGGAGUGACGUUUGUUGUGGCUGUCAACUGCUGGAGUGUGACCAUGGCCUCUCGGACUCAAGUCACGUUGACGUUCAUUAAGAUGUUUGCUCUGGUCCUUAUCAUCAUCCCCGGUGUGAUCGCACUAGCUAAAGGAAAAACAGAAAACUUCCAGAAUGGCUUUGAGAUUGAGUCUAUAACACUGGAUCGUCUGCCUCUGGCCUUCUAUAAUGGCCUAUACGCCUACGGUGGAUGGUUUUAUCUGAAUUUUGUCGUAGAGGAGGUCGUCAACCCUAACAGAAACAUCCCACUGGCUAUAAUCUGCUCCAUGGUGACAGUGACAGUCUUUUAUGUGCUUGUUAAUGUGGCCUACUACACCAUGAUGACCCCCGCUGAGCUGCUCAUAUCUGAUGCCGUAGCUGUGACGUUUGCAAACCGUGCUCUCCAAGGAUUGUCCUCUCUGAUUCCCAUUCUCGUGGCAUUGUCCUGCCUUGGAGCUCUUAAUGGCGGCUUCUUUGCUGUUCCCAGGAUGCUGUUUGUGGGUGCCAGAGAGGGGCACUGGCCUCCAAUUUUCUCCAUGAUACACGUCCACAGACAUACACCACUGCCUGCUGUUCUGUUUCUGUACCCCCUGGUGGUGUUCAUGAUAAUUACAGGAGAGAUCUACCAGCUCAUCAACUUCGCCUCCUUUUCCCGCUGGUUCUUCAUCGCUCUCGCAACCUUAGGGAUGCUCAUCCACAGGUAUCGCUUCCCCCUCCACCCAAGACCUUUCAAAGUGCCACUGGCCAUUGCUGUGACCUUCACAGUGGUUUGCUUCUUCAUUGUGGGUCUGUCUCUGUACUCGGACCCCUGGAACACGGGGCGAAGCUGCAUUCUGACGCUGACCGGAGUCCCGGUUUAUUAUGUGACCGUGCAUCGAUAUCGCAUACCACAAAGAUGGAGACGCGUCUUUGAUUACUGCAGCAAACAGCUACAGAUCCUUCUAGAAGUGGCUCAACAGGAAGUCAAGACAUACUGAAGAACCCAGAGACUGCUUCAUACUGAUGAACUUUACCACAGACAUGUUUUAAGUGUCUAUUUGAUACUAAAAUAAUUCCAAGAUGUGAAAACCCUCAAUGAGAAAAGGCAGCAGAGUUGACAUUCUCGUAGAAUUUACUUGAAUUAUAGUAUUUUUGCAAUGAGGCAUUAAAGUAAUUUCUGAAUCAGAAGAAAUCAAUGAAAGUUUCUAUUUUUUUAUUUGAAUAUAAAUACAAAUUGCUGACCUUAGUUUUUCAGAUAGAAUACAGAGUAUCGACAAUGCUGUAGAAAUUGCACCUUGUCUAAUAUCAUUGAUUAAAUGUGAGCUAGUCAGAAAGAAUUAAAGCAUGCUUUCAGUCAAAACAUGACUUUAAUGAAAACUCUUUGUGCUGCAUUAGGCACCGACACCUUUUGAUUUAUUGUAGAAGGAGAGACACCAACUUUAGAAAACAGAACAAGGCACAUGCUUGGAAACACUUUACACUUACAGUGCUCUUUAAUGAGUGGUACCAGCUCUACUCUUUGGUACCAGGCCCGUCAUUGUGAGGCUAUGUGAACCUGCUGUGAUGCCCAAUGCAACAACAAUGGAGGACACUGUGGCGAUAGUGUUCUUGGUUCUCAGUUUUGCUGCUUUUUGGCACAGCAAGGAGACAAAUGUUGAUGCAAAGACAGCGACAAGCAAAGAGACAAAAUACUAAAGAUAAGUACAGGGAAGUUUUGUAGCAGUGCAAACCCAACGAAGACACGCAUUUGAUUCCUGUGUCAGAAAUCCAACUCAGACCAUUCUUAUUGAUGAUACGCUCUGGCUUGACGUCACAUCUUAUCAUCGGCACAGCUCGCCAGAAAUGAUACCAAGAAAGUUUCAGGGUAUUAGGUAUGGUCUCUCUCACCUAGUCCACUCCAAAAACAGAGUAGAGUCUUGACAAGUCAAGAUGGUACCACAAAAUGGAAAAGCACUAUUACAAACAAACAUGCUAAAACCCUUUAACAUACAUUAUUUUGUGGCAUUUCAACUCUUUCAUCUCCCAUGCUGCCCUCUAAAAUGUUGCAGCAUCAACUGUUCUGCUUGAACCCUUAUGUCUGAUUUUUGCUUACAGACAAAUUCAACCUGCUCUACAAAAAUACAAAGAACUCAGUUCUUAAAGUCUAUCAUAAACAAUGAUGUUGACAUGAGGAGUAACUGCAUGCAAAGCGUUCCUCUGUGCAGGUACAAAGUGCCUUUACCUGCUCUUGAUGAACAUAAACUCUGAGUCAGAUGGAACAGACGGUUCUACAAUAAAUGUACAGACACAAUCCUACUACUGUUAGUGCUACUUGUAUUACUUUGCUUAUUGCUAAUAAUCUUGCAUUACAAUCUAAAGUCUAAAGGUAGAUCCUUGGAAGCCUAGGAGCCUCUUGCUGGCUUAUCAGGCAAUAUAUCGUCUUUGAAUUUACAUAUGUAUGAGCUAAAUUAUAUAUUAAAAUGUGCAAAUCAACAAACAAAUACAUGUAAGAAAUAUUUCUGUGAAAUCCUUCAAGAGCACAGGUUUAGUGAGAGGAAGGAAAGUGAUGAGAGAUAGCAGAACGUGUAAAGUUUUUGGAAGUGAAGGUGACAAAGAGGCAGUGAUGGGAAAACAAAAAGUCACCAUGAAGUGAAGAUAUGAAGAAUGACAUGUAGAUUAAUUCAGGGUUGUCACAAUACUAGAAUUUGAAGCUUUGAUAUACUAUUAAAGAUCCAACAAUGCUGAUACUUUGACACCACUGCAACUAAAUUAAAAGCCCUUGGGACCUAUCUUCAAUUUAUUUACCUAAAAUUGCUGGUAAACUCAUGUUGAAUACUGUCGACACUAAAAACAAUGGUAACACUAAAGAACUGAAAUGUUACCAAUGUUUUUGCCUGUUGUUUUUGAUUGGUUAUUUCUCUCCUACUCACUUGAGGAAAUGAGUAUGAAAUAAAGCUUUUUAAAACACUUGGUGAUGCCAUCUAAGCAUGUGCUCAAUUAGCUGUCUAGACAAUUGAAGUAGCACCAGCAUUACAAGUCACUUCAGCUACGUAUUAGUUCUGUUGGAAUCUAUUCAGUCCCUGCAAACCUGGACGAAUGCACUGUAAUGCAACCAAAAGCCACUGGUAGCCACUGUAGGUCUGGUUAAUGGCUGCUGCCAUGCUCCUUUACCCAGAUGUAAACAAGUUUAUGGAUAGCAUUGAUAGCAUCUCAUAAGAGCAGCAUUUUUUUGGCAGUAUUUCGAUCUAGAAAAUGGAGAUAUAGUGUAAGUGGGUCAUGGCAGCUUAAAUUCACAUAUAACCACUUGACUGAAGCAAAAAAUAGCUAUAUUAAGCUCAAACAUGGGGAAGAUAGCAUACAAGGAGGUUUGCUCACGCUGUGAUUUGGUGUUGGAUAAAAAGUACAGUUUCUGUGUUUUGUAUCUUUUGACUAGUUGGCUACACUUCUGUAAAAUUUGUGUUCAAUCAAGGCUGUAAUUAGUUGUUAGCUUAACACAGAUCAUGCAUCAAUGCAUUUGGUCAGCUAACCUGUUGUUAAGAAGACUUUGUAAACAAAAUAUAGCAGUUUAUUUAAGAUGCAAUCACAGUGGGAGCUGGUAUAUGGUGAAACUAAAUUUAGCUAACGCUAGCAGGCUAGCAACACUGAUCUUCAACAGGGAUGAGUAUAAUCCAGCACCAUUAUUGUUCCGCUACCAACACAUCCGAUACCUAGUGUACCGAAACACAAGACAGAUUUUGGUGCUUCAUUACGAUACAUGACCACCAGACCUGUUACAUGAAGAAGUUACACCUGUUUCCUUUACUGAAAUGUUCCACUGAUAUCUUAUUUCAGAAUCAUUAAUGAUAUCAAGACAGCUUUGAUUCAGCCACCGACUGUUCUAAAAAACAUUUUUGUCUUAAAAGUAUUGAUUCAGGCACUGCUUAAACAUCACCACCAUUUAAAAAAAAAUAGUGAUUUAGCACCGGCAUUAGAAAAAACAAGAGUAUAACCUGACAAAGUCUAUGUACAACUCUAUGUCAAAAUAGUGAUAAUCCAUGAUGUUCCUAUGAGAUGCUAUCAAUGCUAUCAGUUCACUGUUGUUUACAUCCGUUUAAAGAGCAUUCUGGCAGCGUGUCAGUGGCCAUUAACUUAAGCAUACGUGGCUACGUUACUAUUUAUAUGGCACAUCUGACCAUAAUCACGUCUGAACUUUUGAAUUAUCAGUAAUUGCUUUCACCAACAAGUGAUCCUGCUGCUGACCUUAAGAGGGUUUUAAGCCAUUUAGCUGGCCAAUCGUGAACAUCCCUAAUAAUUUAGCUGACGGGCUGUGUAUUUUUUUUAAAAACACGUGGUAUCAAAAAGUAUCAGGGUAUUGAAAAUGCUUACAACCUGUACAACUGUUUUGCUUGAAGUAAGUAAUUUCACUUAAUUCCUGGCAGAGGUUUGAAAUGUUUAGAAGAAAGCAAAGCAGAUGCAAACAAACUAAACCAGUCUUUAAAUAACAGAGGCAAAAGAUUUAUGGUGCUUAUUUAGAUAAAAGAGCUUAAAAAUGAUUUAGUUGAGCAACAAAAGCAGCCAAAUUAAAGAUUUUGUGUUAUACUAAAUCUGAAAAUUGUCGAAAUCUAAACUAAAAGGACAAAAGUUAAAAUCCCUUUAGUUACAUUUGCUUUGUAAGGAUGUCAGUCUAGGAGUUGGUCUGCUCUCAUUUGUUUCUUACUUGUCUUUAGCUGAGUGUUUUCAGUCCAACAAGCACGCUACAACAUUCAUUUAUUUAAUAAAAAUUCUCCCACUUAAUUUAAAUGCAGGAUUAUAACCUGACAAGGGAGAAAAGCGGUUAAAAAGUGGUGCCAACCCCCACCAGUCUGGUCUGGUAAUUAUUUAUUCCAGCAAAACUGAGUUAGGUCUCAUGCCGUAUAUUUGCAUUGGUAUGUAGGACCGCUAAAUAUCUAGAUGGAAAAAUAGGUAUUAAAAUUUUCUCUUGUCCACCAGAUUUUACAGUAAAUCACUUUCACUAUCAUAACGAAUAGUAACAAUGUCAUAAUUUGGUUGCUUUGCCUUCAUCAACCUUCUUUACUCAUUGAGAUUUCUUAAAAUUUUGGACUGCGUUUUAUACAUCUUUUCUCACAUUUGCAUUUGCUUUACCUUCUUCUAAGCAUCCCAGUUUCCCACCAAUAG